ACUGUGCACCUAAAGUGUUAAUGUCUGAAUGUACCCAAAAUGGCGCGCUGGUAUCCUAUAAUUUUGACCGCGUUAGUGAUCUACCAUGGUUCAUUUGCGACCACAGCUUUGGACUUUGAGGGAAAAAUCGUAUUGGUGACCGGAGGCUCGCGUGGUAUAGGGUUUGGCAUUGCCUCUGAACUGCUGGAUAGUGGAGUUAGGGGCAUCACGAUCGUAAGUGCUCACGCAGGUAGAGGUAGGUCGGCCGCCAAAUCGCUGAACAAGAAAUUUGGGUAUGGGAAGGUCAUUUUCAUCCCUGCUGAUGUAGGUGAUUCGAACGCGCUUGAAGAUGCGUUCAAGCUCUCAUUUGCACACUGGAAAGGUUUGGACAUUGUGAUUAACAACGCAGGAAUUGUAAAUGAAGUUAACCCCAAGUUAGCUAUUAAUACGAACAUAGUAAACUAGUAAGUAAGAGUCAGAAUUAAACUUCGAUUUUUCAGGUUGGAAUCUUGCAAGGUACCUAUUUGGGGUUCAGA